CUGGAAUUGGAAUAAUCUAAUAAAUAUUGGAGGAAGCAUGCAUCACUCCCAUCCCAGUUCAGUUAUGGCAUCGAUUUUGUCCUUAUCCGUUUGUUAUACUUAUCUUGCUAUCCCUAAAUCUCAAUCUCUGCAACUCCAUAAUUUCUCCGAUGCUUCCUUCUCCGCAACCAAACCCAACGCCAGGAGUCGAAUUUGUUGUUGCGCGCCAUCGUUCCAGCGAAGAAACGUGCUUCUCUCUUCCAUCGCAACCGUUGCCGGAACUUUCUGCGCCAAUUCCGACACCAGAAUCGCUCUCGCAGCUGAAUUUGCCGAUAUGCCAGCGCUUAGAGGGAAGGAUUAUGGCAAGACAAAAAUGCGGUACCCGGACUACACAGAAACUGAAUCGGGACUUCAAUAUAAGAAUGCAGGACUUGCGACCGGGGAAUGGCCCCAAGCCAAACAUAGGGGAGACAGUAGUGGUAGAUUGGGAUGGCUACACCAUAGGUUAUUAUGGUCGGAUAUUUGAAGCCCGGAAUAAAACCAAAGGUGGUUCGUUUGAGGGUGAUGACAAGGACUUUUUCAAAUUCAAAAUAGGAUCUAAUGAGGUCAUACCAGCUUUUGAAGAGGCUGUAUCAGGCAUGGCACUUGGAGGCAUUAGAAGGAUAAUUGUGCCCCCAGAACUUGGGUAUCCUGAGAAUGAUUUCAAUAAGAGUGGUCCAAGACCCACAACAUUCUCGGGCCAACGAGCCUUGGAUUUUGUGCUAAGGAACCAAGGGUUGAUAGACAAGACUCUCUUGUUUGAUAUUGAGUUGUUAAAGAUUAUUCCGAACUGAUUUAUUGAAUUCUGCAUUGACCCUCAAGUAUCUCCAUCAAAACAUUGAGGACCACUAUUUACAGAGGCUAUGAGAAUGCAUGCAGACAAUUGUCCAAUCUUAUGGACAUUUCGUUAACAUCUAAAUUUGAUGCUUGUGUCAAUUGGCUUGGGAAUGUAUGCUACGAGUUGUAUUAUAUGUGUAUAUUGUAGCUCUUCUUGGUUUCUCUGGUGACAAUCACGUGCACCAGAAAUUCUCCCUCAGCUGUUGCAAACUUGGAUUUACUGUAUGUACAUGGGAUAAUAAAACAUCAUAUAAUUUAUUAAAAAUUAGUAAUCUUUAGCAG